AUGUUUUGUUCAUUAUCUUUCUAUCUAUCUAUCUAUCUAUCUAUCUAUCCUGAUCUAUCCAUGGAGAUCCAUCUAUGUUUUGUUCAUUAUCUAUCUAUCUAUCUAUCUAUCUAUCCAUCCAUCUAUCUAUCUAUGUUUGUUCAUUAUCUAUCUAUCUAUCUAUCUAUCUAUCUAUCUAUCUAUCUAUGUUUGUUCUAUCUAUCUAUCUAUCUAUGUUUGUUCAUUAUCUAUCUAUCUAUCUAUCUAUCUAUCUAUCUAUCUAUCUAUGUUUGUUCAUUAUCUAUCUAUCUAUCUAUCUAUGUUUGUUCAUUAUCUAUCUAUCUAUCUAUCUAUCUAUCUAUCUAUCUAUCUAUCUAUCUAUCUAUGUUUGUUCAUUAUCUAUCUAUCUAUCUAUCUAUCUAUCUAUGUUUGUUCAUUAUCUAUCUGAUCUAUCAUCUAUCUAUGUUUUUGUUCAUUAUCUAUCUAUCCAUCUAUCCAUCCAUGUUUGUUCAUUAUCCUAUCUAUCUAUGUUUGUUUCAUUAUCUAUCUAUCUAUCUAUCUAUCUAUCUAUCUUUUCCAUUAUCUGCCUAUCUAUCCAUCUAUCUAUCUAUCCAUCCAUGUUUGUUUAUUCGAGAUCUAUUCAUCUAUCUAUCCAUCUAUUCAAAAGUUUGUUCAAUAUCUAUCCAUCUUUCUAUCCAUCUAUCUAUGUUUGUUCAUUUUCUCUCAUCCAUUAUUUGUUCAUUAUCUAUCCAUCCAUCUAUCUAUCUAUCUUCAAUCAUCCAUCUAUCUAUCUAUGUUUGUUCAUUAUCUAUCCAUCCAUCUAUCUAUCUAUGUUUUGUUCAUUAUCUAUCUAUCUAUCUAUCUAUCUAUCUAUCUAUCUAUCUGUUCAUUAUCUAUCUAUCUAUCUAUCUUCUCUACGUUUGUUCAUUAUCAUUCAUCCUAUCUUUCAUCUAUCUACGUUUGUUCAUUAUCUAUCUAUCUAUCAUCUAUCUACGUUUGUUCAUUAUCUAUUUCUAUCUUCUAUUCAUCUUUGUUUGUUCAUUAUCUAUCUAUCUAUCUAUCUAUCUAUCUAUCUAUCUAUCUAUCUCUAUCUGUCAAUUCAUUUUACAUUUAUUUGUCAAAUUUCAUCUAUCUAUCUAUCUAUCUAUCUAUUCAUUAUCUUGUUCAUUAUCAUCUAUCUAUCUAUCUAUCUAUCUAUCUAUCCCCUUUAUAUAA